CUGUGUGGUGAGAGGCAGACUCUGAUUCAUGUCCUCAACACAUGCAAAGCUGCCCGUGAUGGACGAAGAUUCAAUGCCCGCCAUGAUGCCAUUCUUGCGGAAAUCGCUUCCCUCCUGUCAGCCCAUAUUUCCCCACCUGCCAAGCUGUGUGCUGACCUGGGAUCCUACACAUUUCCUCAGCGUAUUGUGGCCACUGAUCUACACCCUGACAUCGUAUGGUGGGAUGACUCACUGCGGAGGAUUGUGCUCAUCGAGCUCACUAUCUGCUUCGAGACCUCCUUCCACCAUGCAGCAAAGCGUAAAGAGCUGAAGUACGAAAAUAUGAUAGCAAGGGCCAGGUCAGCUGGGUACAGUGGUCGCCUGAUUACCCUCCAAGUGGGAUCGAGAGGAAUUGUUGACCAGGCCGGCUUUUCACAUCUCAAGCAUGAUCUCAACAUCGGUAAGCGGGUCCUUACACUCGCAUCAGCUACCUAG